AUGGGCAUACGUUCAGUGUCUCAGCUCAGAGUUUGUGGUCAGGCUCCACUGAACAACAAGAUUGUUGGUGGUCAAGAUGCUGCUCUUGGUUCCUGGCCUUGGCAGGUUAUUGUUCAGUCAGCAAAAUUCCUCUGUGGUGGCAGUCUGAUCAGUCAGAACUGGGUCUUAACAGCUGCUCACUGUUUGAAAGUGAAUGGAAUAGCUUUUACUGCACCUCAAAUCACAGUCUCACGACGACUUGAAAAUGGGACUGUAAUGGAGACAAUAAAUGCUAUUAAAUUGAUCAUCCAUGAAGGCUAUAAUGAUAACACUCUGAUCAAUGACAUUGCACUAGUCCAGCUCUCCUCUUCAGUGCAGUUUAAUGAUUAUUUCCGUCCGGUGUGUCUUGCUGCAAGCAACAGUUCUUUUCCAAGUGGUGCAAAUGUCUGGGCCACAGGAUGGGGUAAAAUCAGUAAUAAUAGUAAGUUAUUCAAAUAAUUUAUUUCAAUUAUUUGGAAAAAUAAACAGCAUAAGCAGUAAAUCAGUAAAAAGUCUAUCAUUCCUUGCCUUGAGAUAUUGCUGAAAAACAAGCCACACAUAUUAAACCAAUAGGCCAAAUCUGCCAUCUGGUGUGAUGUUGGAUUCAAAUGUUCUAAACAAAUACUGUAACAUCAUAGAUAACAAUAUUAAAAGAAAAUAUUAAAAUAUGAAAAAUAUAUACUGAAAGAGUAAGAGUAAGGUAGCUGAAAAAUAUUCUAUUGGCUGGCAAAGAUGGCUUACAGUAUGAUUAGCUUAGCCUGUGUUUUCAUUGUUGGUAGCUGGUCAGAUCAGUGUGGAUUUUUCAGCACCUUUCAUUAUGAUGAACAUGUUUGGAAAAAUUCAUAAUGGGUCUCCACAGAUUUGCAGCUCGCUCAAAAGCUGCAGGAGGUGAAGUUGCAGAUUAUCAAUAACAGUGACUGU